AUGGUUGAUUCAGUUUCUAAUAAUACUCAAGAACAGGAUACUAAUUUUGUUUCAAAGAAUACUAAGAAGUUAAAACCUGUUUGGCGACCAGAAGGAACUGUAUACUCUCCUGGCAUCAUUGGGUUACAUGAGGAAAUUAAGGACUUUGGAAAUUAUAUUUCCCCAUCACACGAAGAACAGUGGGCUCGUCAGGUUCUCGUUUCGAAAUUGCGUAAUUUGAUUACUUCUCUUUGGCGAAAUUGCUAUUUUGACGUGUUUGGAAGCUUCAGUACCGGGCUCUACCUUCCAACUAGUGAUAUUGAUGUUGUAAUAUCCGGAAAAUGGCAAAAUUUACCCCUAAGAUCUCUUGAAAAAGCAUUACAAGCAUGCAAUUUCGCAUCUGAUAUCAAGGUUUUGUCAAAGGCUACCGUGCCGAUUGUUAAAUUCACUGAUAUCGAAACGGGCCUAAGAGUAGAUAUUAGUUUUAACACGACGAAUAGUCUUGAAGCUGCCAGAUUUGUUACAAGUCAACUUUGCUGUUAUCCAGUUCUCCGCUACUUAGUAUUCACCCUCAAGCAAUUUUUGCUAAACCACGAACUAAAUGAAGUCUUUACCGGCGGUAUUAGUUCCUAUGCACUUGUUCUUAUGUGCACCAGUUUCUUAAAAGAUAAGGGUUUGGAGAACUCGAAGGAAGAACCUAACCUUGGAUCUAUACUUAUGGACUUUCUUUUUUUCUAUGGAACCCAGUUCAACUAUAAAACUACUGGAAUAUCAGCUUCUGGCCAAUUUAUUCCCAAGGAGUCUAUUAAACAAAAUCCAGGCGAUUAUUCGUCUCCCUCUACACUAGUUAUUGAUGACCCUAUUUGUCCUGGUAAUAAUGUUGCUAGGCGCUCAUAUUCCGCCCUCAAUGUUUUCAAAACAUUUCGUGCGGCUUUUGAUGUUUUAAGCGAUAGGCUAUCUACUGAUUGUGAUGAAAACCAUACUAUUUUAUCUUCUAUUCUAUGCAUUAAACGGUCCACUAUAGAAGCUCGAAAUAAGCUAAAACGAAGGGCUCUUGAAUUAUUUCAGCUCUUACCAUCGCUUGUUGUACCGAAUAUAAUCCACCGUAAACCACUUCUUCCAUCGCCACCGCAUUUAGUUUCGUCAUCAAAACCUUCAACUGUUUCCCGAUCUCUAGAAUCCACUGCUCCCGCUGAUCAAAAUGUUGCUGCCUCCACUGCAUCCUCCCCGAAGGAGCAGCAAAUUAUCAUUUCUGCUCGUGGAUUUACCACUCGCCCUCCUGCCUUUUUGCGGCCUCCAAAUAAUGGUGAUGUGCUCUAUCUUUCCCAAAAUCCUCCCUACGGAUUUUUCCCCACUCCAGUUUUUUAUGACACUCUAUGCUUUCCUGUUACUCCCCAACCCAAUCCCACACCUAGUGGUUCGCCUUCACCAAAUCCCCCUGUCUACGUAGUCUUUCCACAGCACGUUUUGCCACCCUCUUUUGCCAAUUGGGGAGUCACUGCAGCGUAUCCACCUAUGCAUCAGCAACAGCAAAGUACUGGAACUGCUUCUUCCACUGAUAGUGAAACUCAAAAUGUGCCUGACUGCCUCUAUGACUGUGAUGGUAUUUCGGAUGCAGAAUUGCUGAAUAGCUCAUGUAUGGGUGGAGAAUCCUCUGAGGACUGCCAACCUCCUCAAAACGUAGAUACCGUCGAAAGGAAUUACAAGACUUGUCGUUCAGCCUCUGUCUCGAUUACUUGUUCAAAUCUAGUAAAACGAUUGGCUCCACUGCGAUUAUACUCAUCGGAACAAAAUGUCUCCUGCGUUCAUGAAAAUCACGAUUUGAAUUCUUCCUGCCGGUUCUCUUCCCUUUCUAUGUUGCCUUCUUCCUCGUCAGCUUCUAGUACAAAAUCAAAAAAUUGUAAUGGAGGGAGUCAGAUUAUGGACGCUGAAUCACCCCAAUCUCCACUCCCUUCUUCCCAGACAAGGAAAUCUGGACAACGGAAACGAAGAAAUUUAAGGAAAAAUCGAUGCUCGAUUCCGGGAGUUGAUUCCAACAUUCCUAGCUCUUCAGAACAGCGAGUUUCUCAUCCAGUAAAUUCUUUCUCUUCUUCACGUACAAAUGGAUCUUAUAUUUCCAGCAAUGAAGAGACAGAGGAAGUCGGAUCUAGCUCCGUUCAUUCUGUUCGAAAGACUAAGAGAAGAUGUUCUCAAUUGCACUCCCUGGAAAGCUCCAACAACAAGGAGAAGGUUUCUAACUCCAAAGCCUGGUCAUCUUUCAAGUCACCAGUUUGUGGAAUGGAUUCGAUUAGUCCAGAACAUGAUAAAGCUUUGAUGGCUUCCCCAAAUCCCAUGCCUAUGAAAACAAUGACCGCUAAGAAAGGGAUGAAAGGGAAGCAGCAGCAACAAUCGAAUAAGUCAACAGUGCAUACGGGAUCUUUGAAACGCCUUUCAAAUCGGGUUUAA